AAUUCCUCAAGAAUCAGGUACACAGGCUGGGAAACUCUCCCCGCACUGGGGAUGCUCUGCUUAACUACACCCACCCACGACCCCCUCCCCUAGACAGGCUCUAGCUUUCUACUGAUAGUGGAUCAGGACAUGUUCUCUGCAAUCACCUCUUUUCCUGUGCCAUUCUCUGACCCUCCGUCCCUUUGAAUGACACUGAACCACCCAGGACACAAAAUGGCCGUUGGUGGCUGAGGAGGGCUAAGGGCCCUGCUAAGAGGGGACACUGGAGCCUGGGGCAAAGGCUCAGUUGGUUCCAGCAGCAGCUGGAUCCAGCAUUCCCAGUCUGCAGGAGGAGGCUUUGCUGAGGCACAGAGCCAAGGGUGGGGAGCUGAACCACAGCAGCCUCACCAAGCCUCACUGUGUCUUGAGCUGCUACAAGGCCUUGAGGGCCUGGAGGGCUCCCCCUUCUUGUUUCCCAUAAUUCCCAGGCCUGAUGGACAUGCAUAUUGUCCCUCAAAUCCUUGUGGCCGUGUCAGGGGUCUUCCCACUGCAAGACUGAAGUCCUCAUGUUUGUGGGGAACCCUUUUGGAAUUGUUCUGCCAGCCCCAGCAGCACAGUGUCACCAUGUCUUCCUCCAGCAGCGCCUGUACCAGCAUCUGCAGCACCAGCCAGUCUGGGGGACAUGGGACCUGCCACAGCUGAUGUCACCAAUGACCACCUAUUGGGUGCCAGGUUUGGAGACACAAAUGCCCCUCACCAUCUGAGGCUCACGGGGACGCUGACCACUGCCAGGUCUGCCACACAUGUAGGUGCUACUGAAGUUGUCACAUCCCUCCUGCCCUCAGCACCCCAUCCUUGUUCCAGGUGGUGGCACCAGCGGUCCCCGAGCCCUGGCAGGUCAGUGUCACUUGGUCCCACAGCACCGGCGGCCUCCAGGGAGGCUCCACAAGGAGCUGGGUGUUCUGGACACCUGUGGGUGACAGGAGACACCAGCCUGCCAGGGCCAGAGCAAGGCUGGGGACAGUGGAAUGGGGACAUGGCAUUCCUCGAGGACUCACCAGCCAGGCUGAGGGUCUGGACUGUAAGGGAGAAGGGACAGGGCUGGGUGGGGCUGGCACCGCAGGGGCAGGGAGGCAUGAGGGCAUGGGUUGUGGGGGCUGUCCCCAAACUGUCCUUGUAUGGCACAGACCCCUCGGAGACAGGGACACUGCGGCCACCCCACAGUGAGGCAGGGCACAGGGACACUGUGGACACCCCCGAAACGGGGACACCAUGGCCACCCCGUACUGUCACAGGUCACCCCCACCAGCCCCCUUAUGCCUCCCCAAAUCCCUGCCCCACCAUUAACGUCCCCACCUUCCUGUCCCCACAACCCCGGUCACCUCACGCAUGGGCUCUGCUGGUAUUGGGGACUUAAGGGAACCCUGUUGUCCCCCUGUGCCAACUCCCUAUUCCAUGCCCAGGGCACUCACCCCACAGGAGCAGUGCCACCUUCCCAGCCGUCCCGGUGUCCUCAGCCAUGUGGACUGGCUGUCACUCGCUGCUGUGGCCACUGCUCCCCUGGGUGGUGGCCCUUCGGAUCAAGAGGAAGGAAGCGAGGUCACAUCUUGUCCCCACGUGUCAUGGGCUCCAGCAGCCCUAUUGUGAUCCUUCAGGAUGUGCCCAAAAAGCCUGAAUUCCAGCCCUCCAUCAGAUACAAACCAAAGACCACCAGAAUCAUCACCAGGGACCUGAUCCGAGACCUUGUCAUUCCCCAGGAGAAGCCCCAACCGUGUCUUAUCAUUGGGGAAAAGGAAUAUGAGAGGAUCAAAGAAUCAGCUCGAGCCCUGACUGAGGUGGAGCGUUGGGACAGGCUGAAGACCCUGAGAGCCAGACAGGACGCUGCUUUUGAAGCGCUGAAAAAGGCCCUGAUUGAGGAGCAGAGAAAGGCAGAGCUGGAGGACAAGAGGGACCGUCGGAGAGAUGUGGAGGAGGAGCUGCAGCAGGAGGAGCAGAAGCUGCUGCAGCGGGCGAUGAGGAUGAGGCUGGAGCAGGAGGAAGACGUGCGGGAACUGAAUGCGCUGUUCCUUAAUGCCAAGUGCAACAUGAUCCGGGACAAGCAAGUCCUGGAGAAGCGGAUGAUUCACAAGGAACUGGCGGAGGAGGAGAAGCGCCUGGACAAGAUGAUGGAAAUGGAGCGGGAGAAGGGCAUGGAGGUCCAGGAGGAGCUGGAGCGCCAGAGGAAGCAGGAGCUGAUGAGAGCCCGGCAGGACAUUGUGAAACAGAUGGAGCAGAAUGCAGAGGAACGGGCACUGAGGGCUGAGGAGCUGUACCAGGAGGGCCAGAGGCAGCUGGAGAGACUGGAGCAGAUGAAGAGGGAGGAUCGGAAGGCCUGGCAGCAGAAACAGGAGCGACUGAAGCAAAUUCAUGCUGAUAUUAAACGUUUCAAUGUGGAGAGCCAGAGGCUGAAGGAUCAACAGCGGGAGCAGGAGAGGCUGGAGGACGAGCGGGUGCUGGAGCAGCAGCGGCAGAAGGCUGAGCGCGAGGCUGCCUUGGAGGCGGAGCAGCAACAACUGCGCCUGGAGAAGGAGAAGGAGCUGGCCCGGCUCAGGGCCACACAGGAGCAGGCCCAGGACUGGCAGGCAGAGCGGGAUGCUCUCAGGGCCAAGAGGAACCAAGAGGUCGCAGACCGGGAAUGGCGGCGGCAGGAGCUGGAGAAGGCACGGAAGAAGGCCGAGCUGGAGCAGCAGCUGAAGCAGGACCGGCUGGAGCAGGUGGCCCAGAAGGAGCAGUACCUGGCCAUGCAGGUGCAGCAAGACCGGCAGGAAUUCCAGAGGGUGCUCAGGGCCCAUCAGGAGCAGCUGGAGCGGGAGAAGCUGGAGCAGGAGCAGAGGGAGCUCCGGCAGCGCGCCCAUGCCGAAGAUCUCCGGCGGCAGAUCCAGGAGCUGCAGCAGCAGCGGCAGCAGGAGCGGGCAGCCUUCAUUGAGGAGGGCCGGCAGCAGCAGCAGGAGCUCUGGCAGCGCAGCCAGCGCCUCGCCCAGUUCAGGCAGCAGAAGCUGCAGGAGUUCAGAUCCACUGGAAUGCCCGAAAAGUACUGUGCCCAGGUGGAGCGCAAAGCCCAGAGCCAAGCCAACAGAGCCCCCUCCUAGGCCCAGCCCCACCAGGAACCAGCUCCAAUUCCCCAUGGAUUUGGGGAUUCCAUUUGCAUUGACUAAAUUUUCCAAUAAAC